CAGCUGCCAGCAGGCGCCUGCACUUCCUUCCUCACCAGCACUGCCGCUGCCUCCUCUGCAGGCGCGCGAGGCUGUUUUUCCACUCGCUGCCGCACGUUCCAUCCCACUGUUUCCUUCUCUCUUUUCUGGAGUUAAACUUUUCUGAAGGCGCCACCAGCCCUGGGCCUGCUGGUCUCAGACGAGUUCCAGUGUUGGCCAGAGACGCAGAGAGAAGACAAGAGGGAAGAGCUGAAGCAGCCCGGGGAUCAGGCUGGGCCAAGGGCGGCUGCUCUACCAGUGGCUGGCCCAGGAGAACCACGCCCGGGGCUCCAAGAGCCCAGCCCUGCCAAGACCCAGGCCACAGGUGCCCGCAGCCAGCCCCAGAGGAGAGCAAGGACCAGAAUGAUUUAUCCUCUUUUCACAGAUGAGGAAAAUGAGGCCCAGGAACCAUCGGGCUAACCACCGUAAAGGAUAAAAUGGCAAGACUGUACCCUGUCUUCAGGUGCCCAACAGCCUGCGCCUCUUCCUAGUCCCACCAGGAACCAUCAGUCCCAGUCUCCUGCCUCCAUCCUGCAGCUUUCACCAUGGCAGCCCUGGUGGCAGAGAACUUCCGCUUCCUAUCACUCUUCUUCAAGAGCAAGGAUGUGAUGAUUUUCAACGGCCUGGUGGCACUGGGAACGGUGGGCAGCCAGGAGCUGUUCAGUGUGGUAGCCUUCCACUGUCCCUGCUCACCGGCCCGGAACUACUUGUAUGGGCUGGCAGCCAUCGGUGUGCCCGCCCUGGCGCUGUUUCUGAUCGGUGUCAUCCUCAACAAUCACACUUGGAACCUAGUGGCUGAGUGCCAGCACCGGAGGGCCAAGAACUGCUCGGCUGCCCCCAUCUUCCUACUCCUGAGCUCCAUCCUGGGCCGCGCUGCUGUGGCUCCCGUUACCUGGUCUGUCAUCUCCCUGCUGCGUGGUGAAGCUUACGUCUGUGCCCUCAGCGAGUUCGUGGACCCCUCCUCGCUCACAGCUGAGGAAGAGGCCUUCCCACCAGCCCAUGCUACCGAAAUCCUGGCCAGAUUUCCUUGCGGGGAGGGCCCUUCCAACCUGUCAGGUUUCCGGGAGGAGGUCAGCCGCAGGCUCAAGUAUGAGUCCCAGCUCUUUGGGUGGCUGCUCAUCGGCGUGGUGGCCAUCCUGGUGUUCCUGACGAAGUGCUUCAAGCAUUACUGCUCACCACUCAGCUACCGCCAGGAGGCCUACUGGGCACGGUACCGCGCCAACGAGGACCAGCUGUUCCAGCGCACCGCUGAGAUGCACUCGCGGGUGCUCGCCGCCAACAACGUGCGCCGAUUCUUCGGCUUCGUGGCGCUCAACAAAGAUGAUGAGGAGCUGGUUGCCAAGUUCCCAGUAGAAGGCACACAGCCGCGGCCACAGUGGAACGCCAUUACUGGCAUCUACUUGUACCGGGAGAACCAGGGGCUGCCACUCUAUAGCCGCCUGCACAAGUGGGCCCAGGGUCUGGCAGGCAACGGCACGGCUCCUGACAACGUAGAGAUGGCCCUGCUCGCCUCCUAAGUGUCCUGUUUCUGGCUCUCUGCAAAGGACAUUACUUGGUACCAAACUGAACCCCACUGCCUACUCACAUCAGAUUGGGACAUUUUUAAACCAUAGCUUCUUAGUUUAACAGGCCAGGAGAAAGGAACACAAACUGACCUGGGGUGGGGAGGAGAAAUCUAGUAGACAAUGAGGUGAGCUAAUGGGAAGGCUCUCAGGCCUGAAGAAAUCCCCUCUCCCGUUGCCACCAGCUCACCUGGUCAACAGCUUUGGGGAAACGACUCUUUCCCAGAACUGGUCCUUAAUUCACAAUGAUGAUCUUCUUUCACUAGUGGGACUCCAAAGCUGGGAGGCCCUAGCCAGCAGAGCCAGGUGACAAUGACACUCACCAAUAGGCUUCUCGUGCAGUUAAUUUGUGUCUAAUUGCAUAUGGAACUGACUCAGGUGCACAGCCGGGAUGCUGCCCUCCAACAAUGUAUGCCAAUGGCUGUAUUUACAUUUUUGAUAAAGCUUUUCUUAGUAUAAAGGACUAGCUUGGUAUCCGCAUGUUUGAAUGGGUACCAGAGAGGGGACAGGGAGACUCUGAAGGACCACAAAGGGAUGAGGGGCCGGAGGUCUGCAGGGGGCAUCAGGUGCUCCCACACAGGGGAAGGCCCUGGGGCUGACAGUCUCCUGCAACUGGACUCCAUUAGCUGAUUUUAUCUGAGGAACAUAUGGAGCCUGGCCUUUCUCAGGGGAAAGCUUGACUUGAAAUGUCGAGUCUCUCAGAGAUCCUGCACUCACCAGGGCAGAACUAACUCCUUUAGCUUAGGGCUAAUGCCCGGGAGCCAGGCCAGCCAGGUUCUUCUCCCUUCUGUCCCAGCCCUUGGCUGAUCACUUCCACCACUUCCCUCUUGAACCUUCGCUACUCUCCCAGUCCCUGUCCUGCUUCCUGGCACGUGACUCAGUCAUUUCACAUGGAAAAGCUCCCCAGCUCUCAAGACAUUUCAGAUGCUUCCCGAGGAAACUUUCAAUUCCCUCGAGACAAAGCCAAACAGGGAACUGGGUUCACAAACUAGGUGGGGCUGUGUUAGCCUCUAAGAACUUUGGAAUGUAAAGAAAUAUUACAUUAUCAAAGGGGGUGGUGAGGGCUGUUGCAGAGGUUUGAGGUGCCAGUAGAACUCGUCAUGUGUCCUUGUACUCAUGAAACCUAUCAAUCAGCCUGCCCAGAAAGCUCUCCCCACAGGAGCUAUAAGGUACACAGAGCAACUGUGUGAUACUCCUCAAAGUCACACAGUAAGUCGGCCCCCGGGCCAAGGAAGGGCAUUAAUGUUACACAGCAACUUCCUACCUGCCAUGCCCUUUGCCAGCACAUAACGUACAUUUUCCCAUUUAAUCCACAAGAUAACCCUUAAGGGGGAAAUUUUUAACCCCAUUUUACAAAUGUAGAAACAGUCUUGGAGAAGUUAGGUAAUCUGGCCAAGGUGGGCCUGGAAUGAGUCAUCAGGUGGGCUAUGCCAAUACCUAUGGCUUACCUCUUAGCCCCUCAGGUUUCCCAAUUUGCCCUAUUGGGCUCCACCUCUAUCCUUCUGCCCCAGCCCCACAGCCCCCACAAAAAGGCUCAAGAUACUGACUAAGCUGAGGCCAAGGGAAUGCCGGGAGACUCCAAGAUCAGACCAGGGAACAGGGAGGGCGGGCAGGGGAGAGGGCCUGCCCCAUGGGCCCUGAUGAUGCCCUCCAGCUGGACCAAGAGCUGGCCAGAGACUAAGGGGGAUCCUGGCCACAAGAGCCUCAGGAGUCCUCCCCUCUACUCUCACUUCCCAGGGAGCUCCCAGGAAGGAAAGACACAGCUCUUCUGGGGGCCUAAGAGCUCGCCUGCCUGCAACCACUGAGCAGCCUCAGAUGAGGAAAAAAAUUAAAUAA